AUGGCGUAUGGCGGUGCAGGUCCCGCUGUUACUAGUUCAAAUUCGACACCGACAAUUAAGCAAGUGAAAUUGGAAAAAGAAUGCGAAUUGAGAAUUGAAGUCUCCGACUCACCUCUUCGUCUUCGACUCCUUAAUGGAAACGCUGAGAUUUUUGGUACCGAGCUUCCACCUGAAAUCUGGCUCAAUUUUCCUCCUAGACUCAAGUUCGCCGUUUUUACUUGGUAUGGUGCUACCAUUGAAAUGGAUGGUACUCCUGAAACUGGUUAUACUGCGGAUGAGACACCAAUGGUUAGUUAUGUAAAUGUGCAUGCUAUUUUAGAAGGAAGAAGAGAUCGCGCUAAGAAAUCACCUUCAGACGACUCUGUAUUAUCUCAGGGUCCUAGGGUGAUUGUUGUUGGACCUUCAGAUUCUGGAAAGACUACCUUGUCAAGGAUGCUUCUUAGUUGGGCAGCUAAACAAGGUUGGAAGCCCACCUUUGUUGACUUGGAUAUUGGCCAAGGGUCUAUAACAGUUCCUGGAUGCAUUGCUGCCACUCCAAUUGAAAUGCCCAUCGAUCCGGUGGAGGGAAUUCCUCUUGAAAUGCCUCUUGUUUACUUUUAUGGACACACAUCUCCAAGUAAUAAUGUAGAAUUGUAUAAAGUGCUUGUCAAGGAGCUCGCGGGGAUACUGGAGAGACAAUUUGCUGGCAAUGCUGAGUCCAGAGCUGCUGGAAUGGUGUUAAAUACCAUGGGAUGGAUAGAAGGACUGGGCUAUGAUAUGCUAUUGCAUGCAAUCCGUACAUUCAAGGCCAAUGUUGUUUUGGUUUUGGGCCAGGAAAAACUGUGCAGUUUGCUCAGAGACGUGCUUAAGGGUGAGCCUAAAGUAGAUGUUGUGAAACUUCAGAGGUCGGGUGGAGUUGUAUCUAGGCCUGUGAAGUUCCGUCAGAGGUCCAGAAGUAAUAGGAUAAGGGAAUACUUUUAUGGUCUUACAAAUGAUCUUUCUCCUCAUUCGAAUAUUUCAAAUUUUGGUGACUUGUUUGUUUAUCGAGUUGGUGGUGGGCCACAAGCUCCACGCUCAGCGUUGCCAAUUGGAGCAGAACCUGCUGCAGAUCCAACGAGAGUUGUAGCUGUGAAUAUAAAUCGAGAUUUGCUCCAUGCAGUCCUUGCUGUCUCAUUUGCCAAGGAACCUGAUGAGAUCAUUUCAAGCAAUGUUGCUGGCUUUAUCUAUGUAACAGACAUUGACAUUCAGAGAAAGAAGAUAACAUACCUUACACCAUCUGCUGGAGAACUUCCAAGCAAGUAUUUAAUUUUGGGAACCUUAACAUGGCUUGAAACUUGAGCCGAUGAACAUUUUUGUAAUAGACAGUCAUUCUCUUGGUAGUUUUUUAUUUUGAUUAUCCAAUCUCAAGUCUUGAUCAAUGUAAAUACUAACGGUAAUUUAUGAUCCUUUUGUGGGGGGUUGUCUCCUAGUGGAAUGCUGACCUUUCUCUUUUUCAAGCAAUAUCCAAAUUAUAAUAUAAUUAUUAUAUGCUCGUAAAA